AUGGACUUGAUUAGUUUUUUGAAGCUGAAGCUUUUCUUGAUGGUGCCUGACCGCGACCCUGGCGCCUCAAUGUCGCUUGCAGAUCCAGGAUGUUUCUCGCUCUUGUCGUCGUUGGUCUUCAGGUUGCCGAAAGAAUGCGCCAGGUUGCGCAUUGACGAGGAGGCAGACAGUCUGUUUCCGCGGCUGCUGCGCAUCAAUGAGUUUGAGCACGGAUACAUAGCCGGCUGUUGCUGGCUGCUGCCCAUCGACGAGAUCGACGAGAUCGACAGCUUCUUGCGCAAACUGAAGUCCGAGAUGCUUCUGGUGAGGUCGCCAAUGGUCUUUGGGAUUUCUGGCUCCCAAAACUCAGCAAGAACCUUCUCCAGUCUCAGCCUGUCCUCCUUCUUGAAAGUGACUGUGGCUCUAGGGUUAGAGUUCCAGUCGCGCUUCAACGAGUCGUCUGCACUUUGCGCAAAGUUGUUCACCGUGAACUGA